UUAUGACACAAGAACAACACUCAACCAACAACAAAAAAAAAAAGCAAAGGCAAAAUGAAAGCUGAGACCUUUUUCUGCACGGGUGUGGGGAAGAACACUCAUACCAAACUUCCUCUCCAUUUUCUCGCCAUCUUUCCUUUUCCAGGAAAAUUCCGAAGAUCAGUGAGAAAAGUCCAAGGGGAAAAAACUGCAGAAGCAGAACCCAAAAGGGCCUAUGGAGAAGAAGAUAUACACUCUCAGUUUUCUUCUUUGCCUGUUAUCCAAACUCCAGGGGAUCUGCAAAUCAGAUAUCGGCCUCGGCUAUGCCUUGACGCUCGCCACACCUGCAGAAUUCAAUGCAGGAUUCGUAGGGAAAGCUUAUAUUAUCCAGACAGAACAGACAGAACCCAGUUUCAAGGCCGCAUUGGCGAUUGAAGCAAAUGAAGGAAGAUACUCUUGUUCUAUUGAAGUUUUCCUGGGAGAUGUCAAGGUUUGGAGCUCAGGACAUUACUCAAAGUUGUAUGUUUUUGACAAGUGUGUGCUUGAGCUGACCAAAGAUGGGGACUUGAGGCUAAAGGGUCGCAAGAAACAUGUGGGAUGGCGAACUGGAACCGCUGGACAAGGCGUGGAGAAGCUGCAGCUACUAAGCACAGGGAAUCUGGUCCUGGUUGAUGAAAUGGGUCUGAUCAAAUGGCAAAGUUUCAACUUUCCAACCGAUGUGAUGCUGCAAGGACAGAGACUAGACGUGGCAACUCAGCUAACUUCGUUCCCAAGCGACUCGAACAUGUUCUACACUUUCGAAGUUCUACGUGACAAGAUAGCUCUGUUUGUGAACUCAGGUCAAGUGAAGUACUCAUACUGGGAAUACAAGCCAGCAAAGAACCAAAACGUCAAUUUUAUCAGAUUGGGCUUAGAGGGUCUUGACUUGUUUGACGAUAAUAGCCACAAAAUUGCUCGGAUAGAACCCGAAAGAACCGAAAGAACGCAACUUUUUAGAUUCUUGGCGGUCGGGAACAGAACAGGAAAUCUGGGACUCUACUCCUACUCCUCUGAAAAGGGAAAGUUUGAGACUUCAUUCCAAGCUCUCAACGACACAUGUGACCUUCCUCUGGCUUGUAAACCGUACGGAAUCUGCACAUUCUCCAAGGCUUGUUCCUGCAUAAAGAUCGCAACAAAGGAGGAGAAUAGCAUGGAUUCGGAUUGCGGCGAGGAGAUUUCAGGAGAGAAGAGACGAAGUUUAUGUGGUCACGAGAUGCUAGGGCUAGACGGAGUGAAAACUGUGCUGAAAAACGGGACACGGGUGAACAACGUAAGCAAAGAAGCUUGUAAAGAAAUGUGUCAGAAAGACUGUAAAUGCGCAGCAGCGAUGUAUUCGGAAGAAGGGUGUUUCAUAUAUGGGAUUGUGAUGGGUGUUAGGCAAAUAGAGAGCGUGCCCAGGUUGAGUUUCAUGGUGAAGGUCCCCAAAGGUGGGAGAUUGAGCGACGGGAAAUCUGGCGUGAGAAAAUGGAUUCUGGGAUUGGUAGGAGGAGUUGAUGGUUUCGUGAUUCUGCUCGUUCUGAUCGGAGUUACCUAUUAUUUCAUACGAAAGAGACGGAAAAACUCGCUGCCCGCAGAUUCCCAGUCCCGAUAGUUCACACCUCGAUUUCCUUGCUCACAGAUUAUGUUUUUUUUUUCCUUUCUCUCUUGUUUUGCAUUUCCUUUUCUUUCUGGCAAAAUCAA